GCCAAGUCUUUUAUCUUCUGCGGUGUCUGUUUUCUCUCUGCUCAGUUGGCAAGAUGGCGUCGGAACCGAACAAGACAGAAAUUCACACCAUUUUUAAACGUUUGCGCUCCAUACCAACUAACAAGGCCUGUUUUGACUGUGCGGCUAAGAACCCGAGCUGGGCCAGUAUUUCAUAUGGAGUAUUUCUGUGCAUCGACUGCUCUGGAAUACAUCGCUCUUUGGGAGUGCACUUGAGCUUUAUCAGAUCCACAGAACUGGAUUCCAACUGGAACUGGUUUCAGCUGAGAUGCAUGCAGGUUGGAGGAAACGCCAAUGCGAUGGGUUUUUUCCGCCAGCAUGGCUGUACCACCAAUGACACUAAUGCGAAGUAUAACAGUCGUGCGGCUCAGAUGUACAGAGAGAAGAUUCGACAGCUUGCCAACGCUGCCCUCUCUAAGUAUGGCACCGAUCUGUGGAUUGACAGCUCCAGCUGUGCUCAACCAUCACCUGUUGAGAAGAGAGAGACUGACUUCUUUGACGAGCACACACAGCCUGCCAUCAGUUGGGACAUGGCGUCCCCUUCACUAACAGAUCAGAAUGGAGCUGAAAAUGUUAAUCCUCAGCUAGCACAGAGCAAUCCUAAGAAUUCAGAAACUCCCAACACCCAGCCUGAAGAGGGUCCAAGCAUUGAAGGACUGAGCACAAGUCCUAAAGCCACGAUAGAGGACUCCAUGAGACUGACUUCUGAGGAGCCUCAGUCUCCUAAAGACGUCAAACCUUCCAUCAUUGGAAAGAAGAAGCCAGUAGCUGCAAAGAAAGGGCUUGGCGCUAAAAAGGGUCUUGGUGCCCAGAAGGUGAGCAGCAAGAGUUUCAGUGAGGUGGAAAAACAAGCCCAGGUGGCAGAGAAAAUGAGAGAGGAGCAGGCCGCCGAAGCCAAGAAACAAGCCGACGAGUCCAUAGUGGCCUCAAUGCGACUGGCCUACAAAGAGCUGGAGAUCGACCGCAAGAUGGAGGAGAAGAAAAUGCAGAAUCUGGAGGGGAAGAAGAAGGAGCAGGCGGAGAGGCUGGGCAUGGGAUUCGGCAACAGGAGUGCCGUGUCUCAUUCGGUGAUGGCCGAGAUGCAGGUGAUCGAGCAGGAGACCCCGGUGGGAGUCAAAUCCUCCUCUCGCUCUAAGCUGGAUAUGUUUGAGGAGCCUGGAUUUGCUUCCGGACCACCAAAGUACAAGGACAACCCUUUCACAUCAGGAGACAGCUUUGGGUCACGGUGGGACAAUGAUGGCGGGUCGUCGUUCUCCUCCUGGGCUCUGGAGAAGGAGGAGCCUAAAGACAGCGAGGUCACCAUCUCAAGCAUCCAGCCAAUCGGAGAAAGGUUGCCCAGCAGACGGAAGCCGGAGGUUUCUGUGCCGGUCUCAGAGUCUAGCGAAGCGCGCCAGAAGUUUGCGAAUGCUAAAGCCAUCUCAUCAGACAUGUUCUUCGGCCGUGAGAGCAACCCAGAGUAUGAAGCAAAGACUCGUCUGGAGGGUAUGUCUGGAAGCACCUCCAUCAGUUCUGCUGACCUGUUCGGUGAUGGCAGUGUUCGUCCCUCUGGCUCAACAGGGUUUGACAGCGUCCUUCCCUCUGGUCCAGACAUCGCUCAGUUCAAGCAGGGUGUGAAGACCGUAGCAGGGAAGAUGGCAGUGCUGGCUAAUGGGGUCAUGAACACCAUUCAGGAUCGCUAUGGAUCAUACUGAAGGACUGUGUUGGGACUGCUGCAUCAAACAGGACACCUCACUGCUGAUGGGAAGCGCUCCGUCUUUCUGAGUGAUAGAGAGAGAGUGAGAGAGAAAGAGAGAGAGAUGAAGACCAGGACCUCCCCAUCUCUCCCCAGACCACUGUAGACACUCACUGACAGUAUUUGAACAAAAUUUCUCUCUAAAGACUCUCCUUUUACUUUCAGACGACCGCAGAAGCACUGGGAAGAGAGUAACCUUUGUUUUCUCUAUCGCAGUGCGCUCUGUCUUAACUAACAGUCCUGUUUUCUAUGCCCGGUCUUUGAUUUCAAAAAAAGUAUUGUCUGGAAUUAAAUGUACAUGUAAACGUAUAGCGCUAAUGUCCUCACAGCUUUCUUUUUUGUAUUUUAACGGAGACCACGGUAAAACGAGGCAAGGGGUGUAUUUCUAAAUCGAGGCCAUUUCCUAAAUGGGAUCUUUUAAAUUUGGAUGCGUUAUCGUGAUUUUACUUUUAUUAGUUAUGACGAAGUUGGAGUGAUAAAAUGACAGUAAUUUUGUGCAAUAUGUCCUCGCAUGGCAAGGAUGAUGAGGCUUUUUUUGUGGACACGGCUGUGUGAUUGACGCCUGGAAGUUUGAGUUUUCAGGACAUGAUUUUAAAACAAAAACGGAACCAUGUUUUUGCAUGCCAGCAUAAGCCGAAGACUCUAGUGCUGAAUUCCAGCAUUUACACGACUAGAGAUCUGAUUUCGCCCUCAGUUUAUACCAGUCUCCCAACCCUGUUCCUAAAGGCACACCAACAGUACUCCCUUUCAACCUCUUCCUAAUUAAACACACCUUAUUUACUCAUCAGAACAUUUAAAGAGACUCCAAAACCUGACCUUAAUGGGUCAGAUAAGGGAGACAUCCAAAAUAUGUGCUGUUGGUGUGCCUUUAGGAACAUGCUUGGGAAACGCUGGUUUAGAUAUUAAUGAUUGAAUUAUUAUAUUUAAAUUUCCCACAUCACAGUACCAUCAUCAGUUAAUGUGCAUGUGCGAUACCAAUUUCCCAACCCUGUUCCUAAAGGCACACCAACAGUACAUUUUCAACCUCUCCCCAGUCAAACACACCUAAAUCAACUCAUCAGAACAUUAGAAAAGUCAAUAAAACCUGAAGUUCACGGGUCUGAAAAGGGAGACAUCCAAACUAUGUACUGUUGGUGGUGUGCUUUCAGCAACAGUGUUGGGAAACACCGGUUUAGAUGAUAACGAUAGAAUUAUUACAUUUGAAUUUCCCCCUCGCAGCGCCAUCAUCAGUUAAUGUGCGAUACCAGUUUUCCAACCGUGCGUCUAAAGGCACACCAACGCUGCUCAUUUUCAACCUCUCUCUAAUCAAACACACCUGAAUCAACUCAUCAGAACAUUAGAAGAGCCUCCAAAACCUGAAAUGAGUGGGUCAGAUGAAGUAAACAUCCAAAAUCUGUACUGUUGGUGGUGUGCCUUCAGCAACAUGCUUGGGAAACACUGGUUUAGAUGAUGAUGAUUGAACCGUUAUGUUUGAAUUCCCCCAUCACAGUACCAUCAUCAGUUAAUGUGCAUGUGCGAUACCAUGUUCCCAACCCUGUUCCUGAAGGCACACCAACAGUACUCAUUUUCAACCUCUCACUAAUCAAACACACCUGAAUCAACUCAUCAGAACAUUAGAAGAGCCUCCAAAACCUGAAAUGAGUGGGUCAGAUGAGGUAAACAUCCAAAAUCUGUACUGUUGGUGGUGUGCCUUCAGCAACAUGCUUGGGAAACACUUGUUUAGAUGAUAACGAUUGAAUCAUAUUUGAAUUCCCUCAUCGCAACACCAUUAUAAGUUAAUGUGCAUGUGCCAUACCAUUUUCCCAACCCUGUUCCUGAAGGCACACCAACAGUACUCCUUUUCAAUCUCUCCCUAAUCAAACAAACACACCUGAAUAUGUGCUGUUAUUGUGCCUUUAGGAACAUGCUUGGGAAACACUGGUUUUGAUGAUGAUGAUUGAACCGUUAUGUUUGAAUUCCCCCAUCACAGUACCAUCAUCAGUUAGUGUGCAUGUGCGAUACCAUUUUCCCAACCCUGUUCCUGAAGGCACACCAACAGUACUCAUUUUCAACCUCUCACUAAUCAAACACACCUGAAUCAACUCAUCAGAACAUUGGAAGAGACUCCAAAACCUGAAGUGAAUGGGUCAGAUAAAGGAGACAUCCAAAAUUUGUACUGAUGGUGGUGUGCCUUUAGGAACUGCUUGGGAAACACUUGUUUAGACGAUAAUGAUUGAAUCAUAUUUGAAUUCCCCAUCACAGCACUAUUAUCAGUUAAUGUGCAUGUGCGAUACCAUUUUCCCAACCCUGUUCCUGAAGGCACACCAACAGUACUCAUUUUCAACCUCUUGAAUUAAACACACCUGAAUCAACUCAUCAGGACAUAAGAAGAGACUCCAAAACCUCAAAUAAAUGGGUCAUAUAAAGGAGCAUCAACAAUAUGUGCUGUUGGUGUGCCUUUAGGAACAUGCUUGGGAAACGCUUGUUUAGACUAUAAUGAUUGAAUCAUUAUAUUUUAAUUCACCCUUGCAGUACCAUAAUCAGUUAAUGCGCAUGUGCGAUAUCAGUUUCCCAACCCUGUUCCUAAAGGCACACCAAUAGUACUUAUUUUUAACCUCUUCCUAAUCAAACACGCCUAUAUCAACUCAUCUGAACAUUAGAAGAGACCCGAAAACCUUAAUGCGUCAGAUAAGGGAGACAACCAAAAUAUGUACUGUUGGUGUGCCAAUGAUUGGGAAUCACAGGUUUAGACGAUAAUGAUUGAAUCAUUAUGUUUGAAUUCCCCCAUCGCAGCACCAUCAUCAGUUAAUGUGCAUGUGCGAUGCCGUUUCCUAGUACAUGCAUCAUCACAGCCUUCUUUCCUUCUCUUUUGGGGUUUAUGCCAGCCUGGAAUCUGGUUAUAUUUGUCUGCCUGUCCGUUUGUAUUCCAAUGCUAAAUUUGAAAAAAAAUAAAUAAAUAAAGAAUAACGAUCCAACUAGCGUCUGGAAUAAAAAGCUAUUUAUUGUAGCCUGCUGAGGAGAACCUGUUGCGAUGAGUGUGUGUGAAUAAAAGAUUGAAAUCCCCUCCAA